CUGUGUCCCUGUGUUAUUUAAAGCCAGAGAUCCUCCCUCUCUCGCCAAGCCACUGUGUUGCAUCUGUCUGCCUCGCUACUUGUGUGUCGGUGUGUGUGUGUGUGCGUGUAGAGGGGGGAGUGUGAAAGUGCGCUAAAAAACCCAGGCAGCCAGUGGGAGAGCUAGAGAGCGAAGAGAGAGACACAGGGGAGGAAAGGCAAAAAAGCAUCUGAGAAGGGAGCAGGAACGGGAGUGUGAGACAGCUAUGAAAUUCAUCCAGGCUAUUUGCUUACUGCUUCUCUUUCCAGCUUUGACCCUCAACAGCAGACAAAGCUACGAUGGUUUGGAGAAGAAGCUAAAAGAAGUCUUCAGUGAACGAAGCAGCAUCUUGCAUCAGCUCUCAAAGACAUCAAAGGAACUGGACAGCAUAAAAGGCAACCUUCAGUCCCUGAAAAAUGAUGAGUCAGUGGCCAAGAAGGAUGUGCAAAGGAUUCUGGAGCUCAGCCACAAACAGAGAGAGGAGAUGAAGUCCCUCCAGGCAGCCCUGCAGAAGCAGCUGGAUGAGGCAAAUGAGAAAGCUGAAAAGCAGCAGGCCACGAUAAAAUUUCUGAAAGUGGAGAUGGAGAAAAAAACAAAAAUCAUCAAGGAUUUACAACAAGAGAACAAGAGCCUAAAGAAUAAACUACUCUCUGGAAACAAACUUUGCGAUGCAUAUGCUGAAGAGUCCAAAAAAAUCCAGGCUCAACUGAAAGAACUGCGGUACGGGAAAAAGGAUUUAAUUUUUAAGGGGCAACAGCUUCUGGACUUGGAGCACAAGCUAACCAUCGCCAAGGAGGAAUUAGAGAAGACAGCCCUUGAUAAGGAGUCACAGCUGAAGGCACUGAAGGACACAGUUCACAUCUGCUUUUCAGCUGUCCUGCACAACCAGCCCAGCAGCAGCCACAGAUUCCCCACCUCCCCCAGCCACCUAUUCAGAUACUCAUCGCUCAUCAACAGCUCCAGACUCACCUUUCAGCAGCCACAUGCUAAGGAUAUCUCCAAGGUUCAGAGAAUUGUUUCCUCCAGUAAAUCACCCAUGAACAUCAGUGAAAUAAGAAGAGAGARUGUUGGAGUUAAAGAGUGCCAGAUGGAAAAGACCGCAGGUGAAUGCUUCCAGAAUCAGACGGAUGGAUCAGCCCCAGAAAGCAAAAACCUACCAGACAUUCAGCAAAAGGACCAGGUGCAGAGUGAACAACUUGACACAAAGCUGUCACACGACAAUAAGGAUGCAGACGGCGAGAGCAACAAAAAGACAAAGCUCCACGAAUACAACUGAGCAGACGGCAUGUCAUCGCAGAGCAGCCUGCAUCGCCUGGAGGAUCUUUCUAAGAGCACACACUUGCGCACUGUUACAAGGAAAAACGUGCGCCCACACAUUUUGACUUACACGCUUACUUUUUAAAACACACACACAAACAUAACCAAACACACAAACAGCAAGACAUAUGCAUAUGAGCAUUGUUAGAGAAAGCUGAGACACUGGAACUGUCAACAAAUUUCAAACUGUCAUCUGACAACCGUCAUAGUAAAAUGGCAUGCGUUUAGAUAUUCUUUUCAAAGGUAGCAGUGGCACUGGUAACUUGUUUCAUGAUUGUUCAUUUGUUGUUUAAUUCUCUGAGUUUUAUUAUAAGUGAGGACACUGCUUUCUAAAUGUGUGAUCUUUCUAGAAAUACCCUUUGCACUGGUGAGGUCUGACACUGUUUCCUGUGAUAAGUAUAUCAAUUGAUGAAAAAAGUACACCUAUUAUUAUUACUACUACUACCCAACUUAGAAUAUUGUUUGUCACUCAUUGUAGCAAGGUUAAUUUACUCCACAUUUUGAAAUAUAAAGGCUCAAGUUGGCUGGCCAACUGUUCAACGUUUAAUAUUCAGCACUCUUUCUGCYUUUAACAUUCCUGAGGCAAAGAGCCAAAGACUCACAAUGGGUCGUCUCCCUGAGAAUGUGCCAUGCACUGAGUAGUAACUCCUAGCUACAUGUAUCUGUGUUAUCUGACCUUCCUGUGUCCUUUAAAUAAACUGUAAUUUUCAGUAAAUGUGUGCAGAAUAAAUGGUGAUUUGUGGGAAAGAAA